GGCAGAAUCUACAAAUUACGCAUUGGAUUUAUCAGCCAUCUCAGAAUCCAUUGAACUGAAGCAGAAGCAAGUCAUCCCCAAACCCAAGGGACUGCCUAAGAGGAAAGUGAGUCUGUUCUACAGAUAUUGAAUGGCAUCUUUAUUGUCAAUCAUCCUUGCUGCAGCCCAUAUCCAUCAAACCGUGGCUAAACCAGAUUUGUAUGGCUGUUUUGAUCCUCAAAAUGAAGAAAACAACAUACCAAUUCUUGAAAAUGAGGCAUUUAAAUUAACAAUCUUAAUGGAGUUUUUGAGCCCAGAUGAAGCUGGUUCCUUUACAUUUCAAUGCGACAAGAACUCUGUUGAGAAUAUAACCACUGAUCAAAGACAGCAGAUUCAUUUAAAUGGCUUUUACCUUUGGUUUUUACCUGCAUCACUGACAGAUUCUGGGAGUUACCGUUGCUUUUUGUGGAAUACAUCUUACUGUGUGAUGGCUGUUUUUCAUAUACAAGUACUACGACUAUCCCAUGGCCAGUGUUUUCAUGAGCAUUUACUUGAGCUGCCUCAGAAAGAAUCCCCCAGUUCUAUAUAUAUUUAUUGCCCUGAAUUAGAAGGCUAUUUUCAAAGUUUUUCAGUUCUGCAAUGGUUCAAGGACUGUAAUCCUAUUACAAUUGACAAUAAAAAAUAUUUUAAUAAUGGUGCAAAGCUCUUAAUUAAUGAUGCAAACUCUGAAGAUAAUGGAAUGUACACCUGUAAACUCGAAUAUGGGCAUCUUGGGAAGAAGUAUAAUGUAACAAGGACAACAGAAUUAAAAAUGAAAACAACAACAACCAAGACAAUACAACCAGAGGUGAGAAAUCCUAAAAAUAAUACAAUUGAAGCAAGACUUGGCUCAGAACUUAAUGUUACCUGUGAAGCUCUUGUGGGAUUUGGCAAAGUGAACAUGAUUUUGCUUACCUGGAAAAUGAAUAACGCUGAUAUUCCUGAAGAUGAAUUCAGAAUCAAGCAAGGAGAUCAAAGUGACAAAAAAGAAGCUAAUCAUGCGACAAUUGCUUUGAGAAACUUGAUUAUCUCCAAGGUCGUUGAAGAAGACUUUCAAACCACUUUUGAAUGUUUUGCAUACAGCCCACGAGGCAACAGUUAUGGUUUUUUAAAAAUUGCACCUCAACCACCAGACUGGACACUUCAUGUGAUUAAGAUCUUUGUUCCACUGAUCUUUGUGAUUUUGGCUGGAAUAAUAAUGUACCUGAUUUUCAAGGUGGACAUUAUCCUUUGGUAUCGUGAAAUGUUUGAAUUCCACAAGCCCAUUAAUGAUGGUAAGAUGUUUGAUGCAUAUGUCAGCUAUCCAAGAUCUGAGAGUAAAGGUUCUCUGGAUAACUAUGACACAAACCACUUCGCUCUUCAUAUUUUACCACGCACCCUUGAAGAAAAAUAUGGUUACAAACUGUUCAUACCUGGCAGAGAUGAACUUCCUGGUCAGGUUGAAGUUGAAGUUAUUGAAGAACACAUAAGGAACAGCAGAAGGUUGAUAAUCAUUUUGGCUCAAAAGCCUUCAGCUAAUGACCAGGCAUACUCUGGAUUUGAACAUGAGAUUGGAUUAUUUGAAGCUUUAAUCUGGAAUGAAAUGAAAGUAAUUCCAAUUAAAUUGGAGAAAGGUGAAUACUUGAAUGACUUUCCAGAAUCCAUAAGACAUGUCAUUCAAAAAAAUGGCAUUAUUGAAUGGAAACCAGAUAGAAGAAACAAACCCGAGAAAUAUUAUUCAAGAUUUUGGAAACAAGUGAGAUACAAAAUGCCAGUGAGAAACAAAUCUUCAAAAUCUACUGUGUAUGACUCUCAAAAUAAAACUGGAGCUGUGUGAUGCAAAAAUACUUAGCAAGGAACAAAACUAUAUCUACUUUGAACUGCUAACAUUGACCAAAUGGACUUCUGCUGUGCAGGAAAAAAAUGCUGAAUUUGCAUAAGAUUCCCGAGUAAGGUUAAGCUUGAUUUUCUUUUCUUACUUUACAAAUAGCAAUUUAUACAACAUUUUAAUGGCUUUUAUUUUUUAAACUUGCUCUUUUAAAUACAGUCUUUUUCAGGCAUUUAACAUUGUUGUACAUGUUAAAGUAAAUUUUCUUCUUGUGGACUCCUGGUGAGGGGACAUGGCAAGGAGACUUGCCCACCAGAGGCACUUAUUGGACUCUCGUGCGCACAGCCAAGUAUUUUUCAAUCUGGUAAAGUUAAUGGAUACAAAACUAUGGGCUAUGUGCAUAAUAUGUCCCAAUAAAUGUUAGCAAUGUCCUAUGCCCUAUGUUUAUUUGCAUUUUUAUCCUUUAAGCUUGUUCUCUUGAUGUGCUCAUAGGCCUCACUCUGAUGAAUUAAAAUUAUG